AUGCCAAGUAAUCAGCAACACUCCUCAACCGAAGACGCAGCACCGAACCCGAAAACACCGCCCAAAAAACAGCCCCCAGCACAACAACCAGCGCCACCCGACCAACCAGCAACAACACCAAGCAGACAGCAAAUAACUCCAAUCGCCAAGCCACCUCCAACAACAAGCAGCCAGCUAGAAGCACUACCCGCCCAGACAACACCAUCACCAAGCAAACAACAAGCAACGAUCAAAAAACCUAUCAACCCAUCCAGGCCGGCAAGUACACCAUCAACACCAAGCAAACAAGCAACUGCAGCAAGGUCGAAGUCAGACAAACCAGCUACGUCAAGAGCUCUAACAUUGAACGCUCCGUUCUUUUUCUCAGACAUGGACACCACUCUUGCAAGCUUCAAAAGGAAGAAGGAAGAUAGCCCCACAGAGGAGAAAAAAAUAAUAAAAAGAUCAACCAAGACCCUCUAA